AUGCGUCAACUCUGAUCUUCCUUUUUCUGCACAUGGCGUAGUGCUUUGGCGACAAUAACAGGAGAUCUAAACAAAUCUUUCUUCAGGUAUUGGAUAACCAUGGUUCGUAUGAAUGUAUUGAAUGAUGCUCUGAAGUCCAUAUGUAAUGCUGAACGUAGAGGCAAACGCCAGGUUUUAUUGAAACCAUCCUCAAAGGUCAUAGUCAAGUUUUUGACUGUCAUGAUGAAGAAAGGUUAUAUAGGUGAAUUUGAGAUUAUCGAUGAUCAUAGGGGUGGAAAGAUUGUUGUUAAUCUUAAUGGUAGACUCAAUAAGUGUGGUGUCAUUAGUCCUCGGUAUGAUGUUGCUCUUGGCGACAUGGAAAAGUGGGCCAGUAACCUUUUACCUUCCAGGCAAUUUGGGUUCAUUGUUCUAACUACAUCUCUUGGUAUUAUGGAUCACGAAGAGGCCAGAAGGAAGCACACUGGUGGAAAGAUAUUAGGAUUUUUUUACUGAUGCAGAACAAUUUUGAAAUAAUAUUGUAUUAAUUGAUAAUAAUUAUAACAAAAAUUCUAUUCAAACAGUUUCUUGCAACAUA